AAGUUGCAGAGGUACCUGCUGUCCAAGACUGAAGAGGUGGUGACCAGCAGAUAUGGCUCCCUUUGCCCAGGUCCUAGCCGAAAUAGGCAACUUUGGUCACUUUCAGCUACGGCUAUUGAUCCUGCUGAGUGUGCCCAACUUCCUGUCUGUCUUCCACUUUUUUGGUCAUGUCUUCAUGGUCCUGGAAGAGCCCCACCACUGUGCAGUGGCCUGGGUCAAGAACCACACGUUCAAUCUGAGUGCUGCUGAGCAGCUGGCCCUGAGCGUGCCCCUGGAUGCCACAGGCAGCCCUGAGCCCUGCCUCAUGUUCCGGCCACCCCCUGCCAACGCCAGCCUGGAGGAUAUCCUCAGCCACCGCUCCAAUGAGACGCAGCCUUGUGAUAUGGGCUGGGACUAUCCUGAGGACAGGCCCCCAUCCCUAAAGAACGAGUUCAAUCUGGUUUGUGAUCGGAAGUCCCUGAAGGACACUUCGCAGUCAGUGUACAUGGCUGGACUCCUACUUGGGGCCCUCAUCUUUGGGCCCCUCUGUGACUGGUUUGGUCGCAAGGCCACUAUCCUGGUGCAGCUCCUACUCUUCGGCCUCAUCGGCCUGGCCACGGCCUUUGUGCCCAGCUUUCAGUUCUACAUGGUCCUGCGCUUUGCUGUGGCAACUGCUGUGGCUGGGUUCACCUUCAGUCAUAUCACUCUGCUUUCAGAGUGGGUGGGGACCUCAUGGAGAACUCGGAUCUUGGUCCUGGACCAGUGCGCCUAUGCCCUUGGGCAGGUGGCAUUAGCAGGACUGGCCUACCUCGUCCGCAACUGGAGGCUCUUCCAGAUCGCUGGCACUGCGCCUGUCUUCCUGCUCUUCUUCUACUUCUGGGCUCUACCAGAAUCUGCUCGGUGGCUUCUGACCCAGGGGAGGACAGAGGAGGCUAAACGACUGAUCCAGAAGGCAGCCUCAGUCAACAGGCGGAAACUGUCUCCUGAGCUUCUGAACCAGCUGGUCCCAGAGAAGACAGGCCCUUCAGGGAAUGCCCUGGAUCUGUUCAGACACCCCCAGCUCCAGAAGGUGACCCUGAUUCUCUUCUGUGUCUGGUUUGUGGACAGUCUGGGAUACUUCGGCCUGAGCCUCCAAGUGGGGGACUUUGGCCUGGACAUCUACCUGACGCAGCUCAUCUUUGGAGUCGUUGAGGUGCCUGCCCGCUGUUCCAGCAUCUUCAUGAUGCAGAAGUUCGGUCGCAGGUGGAGCCAGUUGGGGACUCUGGUUCUGGGUGGCCUCAUGUGUAUCAUCAUCAUCUUCAUCCCAGCAGAUCAGCCUGUGGUGGUCACCCUGCUGGCCGUGGUGGGGAAGGUUGCCAUGGCAGCUGCCUUCACCAUCUCCUACGUGUACUCUGCUGAGCUCUUCCCCACCGUCAUCCGGCAGACAGGCAUGGGGCUGGUGGGCAUCUUCUCACGGAUCGGGGGCAUUAUCACACCACUCGUGAUCCUGCUGGGAGAGUACCACACGGCCCUCCCCAUGCUCAUCUACGGCAGCCUCCCCAUCGUGGUGGGUCUGCUCUGCAUCCUGCUGCCUGAGACCUGCGGCCAACCCCUGAAGGACACCAUCGAGGACCUGGAGCAGGGGCUCCACCCCUGGUCUCCAAAAUCAUCAUCCCUAGGAGAGGAAACAGAGACCACAGGAAGAACUUCCAGGCUGGGGGUGUCCUUUGUGAGCAGCACGUACUUCUGA